CGGCCGUAGCCCCGCCCCGCCCCGCCGUACUGUGCGGCCGCGGGCCCCGGGGCCCAGCUCCCGGCCCGAAGCGCCGCGCGCGUGCGGGGGGCGCUGUGCCUGCGGGCGUGCGUCCGCGUGUGGGAGAUGAAUUGGAGUCACACGACUGGGUGUUUCCUUCCGAGUGGUUUUGAUUAGCAAUCCAUUAGGGGAGCGUGGAAACUUUUUUUUUUUUUCUUCUUGUGGCUGAAAGGAUGAAAACUGAGUAAGUACACAGAACUUUGAACUUGAAGCGGAAUGAAACAAAUACAAGCAAAACCCUAGCAGUAACCAUGUCCAUUCAAACCGUGCAUUCCCUUUUUAUGUGAAAAGCCGUGAAUGCUUACAGGAAAGUGGCAAUUUAAAACGGAAUGAAGGGAAGCAGUGAAGAACCGUGAAAGGCUGGAAGCAGGACUGCUCUAAAAGCGGAGGAGAAUGAGGAACUGCUCGGGCAAGCUGGCCUGCAUCCCGCGGUGCAACAGGCACUUUUGGUUUUAACCUAUUGAGCUCUUCAGCGCUGUUUCCAGACUCCAGAUUUACUUUGGUAUUGUUUUCUCUUUUCCUGUAAAGUCUUUGCUGCGAGUUUAAGGAUGUUGUGAAAAUAAGGCAUCACCGGAAGCAAAAGUUUGGCAGCCUGGGGAUACGCUCAGGUUAUUAGUUACCACUAUUAUUAUUUUGAUGUCUUUUUUUAACCCAGGCCAGCCACUUUUCACUGUCAUCCAUGGAAGGGAUCUUAUUAACCGCCUCAGACUUUGGGGACCUAUGAUUCUUUGGCAUGAUCCUUCGGAAAGUUCUUAAGCGGGGAUGGAGCAAGCUUGAUUUAAAGACUGAUUUGUAUUUUUUCAUGCUGACCAAAAAGAGCUGCUAUGACUUUUCCGGCAACGUGGACGGGGGCCAAGUGAAGCUGAGCUGGUCAUGGUCUGUCGUCCAGUGUUCCCUUGUCGUCGGCGAUUUUGCCCCCGGCCCUUCUUGGUGGGCUUGGUGGUGGCAAUCUGUCUCUUCUACCAGAUCCUGACACUCCGAGGGACAAGGAAGCUCACAGCCGCUGACCCUGGGGCUGCCCCAAACGCACCCACCAAAACCCAAGCAAGCAGAUGUAAGAAAGGACUCUCCCUGGACAAACAGUGCUUCCUUCUCCCCAGUAAUGCGCAGGAAAUCAGAAAGAUCGAGAAAUCGAUAAAGACACACUUUGGGAGCCAUGACAGAAGGGCCGUCCUCUACAGGCCUCCUUCCUACAGCAAAAUGGAGUUUCAGCUCCAUCAGCACGUCCUCACUCAGCAUCGCUACUCGGUCGUCAUCGCUGAAGAAAGGCUUGGUGCUGGUCUUGGGCUGGGGCUGCUAGAAAAAGGUGAUUUGGGCUCUUGGGAUCUGCUCAUUUGCCUGUCUUCUAGGAAAGCUGGUGGAAAACCUUGCAUAUCCAAGGAAGACAUGUGCCAGUUAGGUUUACAUCAAAAGGUAAACAUAUUACCAGAAAUACAGCAUCAGCUUUGCAGUAAAGAAGGAUUAUGUCAAAUAAUUAGAAGAUUUCCAGAAUUGCGACUUGUGGUGAGCCCCUCUGUGUGUCUGGAUCAGAGCAUACAGUUAAAGCAGAGUACUCUGAGUGACCUUUUAAAAACAGUGAAGCCACAUAUGUGGAAACCAUGGGACUGGCAACGUGAACAGCUGAAUCAAACAACAGUCCUUGCUCCACAUGAAACAAUCUUUAGAGCUGAAGAACUGUCUGUGAUUCUUAAAGCAUAUGUGUUGGUGACAUCUUUAAGCCCUUUGCGUGCAUUCAUUCAUUCAACCGGCGCGGUUUGGAAUCCACCAAAGAAAAAACGCUUCACUGUCAAGUUGCAAACAUUUUUUGAGACAUUCCUGACAGCCAGUUCACCUCUUCAGGCUUUUGAUAAUAUGAAGGAAGCAAUUAGCAAACUCCUCCUAGCAGCUGAAGUAUUCAGUGAAACAUCUACUCUGGGACCAAAGGCCUUCAAUAGAUGCAGAUUAUGUUUUCAACUUUUAACUUUUGAUAUUGGUUACUACAAUUUCAGGUACCCUGUUGUGCUCCAGGUGCAUGAGCAUUUAAAUUUUCAAGAUGGUGAUAAUACGGAUUUUGAGGACCAAAACACAGAAGAAUCCCUUUUACAAGAUACUUUCAAUUUUCUCUUCUCUAAUGAAUCUUCACUUCCCAUGUUUUCUGAGAUAUUUCAGGGACUUUAUGUAUCAGGUGUUUUUAAGGGCGAAAACUAUCAAAAGGAACCAAAUCAAUGCCUGUCUUUAGAGGAGAUGCACUCAAUUAUGACUUUCAUAAAGGAACUUGGGAGUUUGGGGCCAUUCCAACUGCUCUUCCCAUCUACUGCUCCUGGGAUUCAGUCUUUGAUGCGUGAAUUUUAUGAUAUGGCAAAUCCUAUAGGACAACCUGGUUCAGUCCUGACUCAGUACUGGUCUCUUUUAAAUGUAUUUGAACAAUUUCGGCUCCUGAAUAAAAACGCACAGCUACACCCACUGGAAUGGGCUUCUUUCACAGAGGAUGAGAACAUUGAAAAACCACAAGUGCCAUUUGAUGCAAUUGAAAAUAAAAAAGCUUCUGUUCCACGAAUUAUGAGUGAAACCAAAGAAGUUCAUUGUAGUAAUGUGCCUGAUGGAAGUUGUACUGAGAUACAGGCCUCAGAACUGGAGUCCAGACACCCAGAAGAUGACACACAAUGUUAUAUCAAACAGAUACUCACACAUCCACAUUUGGAACUGAAUCCUGAAUUUAACCCGAAGAUCAAAGAUUAUUACUCUGAAGUUCCAUUUGACAUGGUAACAGUGACAAUUGGAGCAGAGACUUCUAAUUGUCAGUGCAAGGUGUACCUGCACGAUCGGGCAGGAACAAGCUUUGCCAACUACCCUCUGGGCUUGGGAAUGAACAAAAUCUCAAUGUUUGUGGCAGAUGAGUCUCCAGCACAGGGUGAGACCCUGAUCACGUACAAGCUCACCAUCUACAGAGAAGAUCGUCCAAGUCUGCCCUUGUUUGAGGACUUCUCAGCAUGCGGGUUUGUGCAGCUCACCACUUACGUGUUGGAGAACUUAGACCAGUUUCUCAUCUGUCAGGAUUGUGGUUUGCUGAUUCACCCAGAAGAAGCCUGUGGAUUACAGCCUAUUUCCUCUGACUACAUUGAAGCCAUUUCACAGCCUGAACUAAAGAUCUGUCCAUCUGGGGACACAAAAGGCCAAUGGAUCGUGCCUUGCCUUAGCUGUUCAGACAACAGGACCUGUGACUGGAGAGAGAUAACGUGGCAGCCUCAGAACUGCCAGUACAGCGUUCUAACUAAGCCUCAACUCCAGCGGUGCCUGGGGGGAAGGAAGAUUCUUUUCAUUGGAGAUUCAACCAAUAGAGGAAUAAUGUACUAUCUGAUCGAAAGACUAAAUGAAACCUUGCAAGAAUGGCAGAAGGUCCAUGGCACAAAAUUCUACCACAAUGUCAAUGGUGGGAAGACUUUGGUCAGUUAUUCCUACUAUCCCCAGUUCUGGAUAAGCCCUUCAUUGAGACCAACAUUUGAAAAAGCACUUGAACAUCUCUUGCAAAGAUCACGUCCCCUGGAGAAUACAGGCCAGACCGUAUUGGUCGUUGGUGGUGUUCAGUGGCUUAAUUCCAAUCACCUACAAAUUAUUCACAAGGUUUUGAAGAGGGAAAAUUUACUCAAUAUCCUUGUGAUCAUCAAAACUUUGGGAAUUGGAUUUCAUCUCCCAGUGGAUGGACUGCAUUUCUUGACACAGAGUGAAGUUCAGAACUUAUGGAAAGAAAAUUUGAUUAUUCUGGAUGCUGCAAAGACAUAUGGCUAUGAAGUGGUUGACACAUUUACUAUAACAAUGGGGCGAUACAAAGAGUUUUUGCAGGGGACGUGUGGAUGUCAUUUCCAUGAGGUAGUGAAGUCAAAGUUAUCCAAAGAAUAUCACUUUAUCAGAAUGAAACAAUCAAGAAAUCAUAUUGUAGGAAAAUAUUUCAGCAAUCAAAGCAAACGACAACAAGACUCUGUAACAAAUUCUCAAUCACCAUAUCAUGUCAGAGGUCCAGUUAAUCAGGUUUGCUCUGAAAUCCUUCUCAGCAGGAUGUGUGCAAGUAAAAGGACUGUGUAGACUCCCUGCAGGAGGACUGAACUUGGAAUUGGAAGCAAGCCACUCACCUGGACGUGGUCUAAGAACCAAAUCCUACACAUCACGGGUAUCUUGGAUUGACCACACACUCAUGCAUGCUGGCACACACAUACACACCAAUGCACACAUGGCUUAAAAAAAAGUAAUAAUAACACUUUUCUUCCUACAGCUUUAUAAGGUCAAUAUAUGCACUUGACAAUCACUUGGUUUCAAGGGGAAAGCUAGAGCAUGAAAAAGGUUACUUGAAGUAUAAUCAUAAAUUGGAACCACUGUGGGCUAGGUGUUGCAUGAUGAUAAUAAGGAGAAAUAUAGACACUUCAAUUAUGUGGACAAAAAGGAUAAUGCUCUUGAGUAUUGUGUUAUCUUCUCUAUCGGUACAUUAAUACUGAAGAGGGGAAAAGAGCAGUUACAUUCCAUUUGCAAGUAGGGAUUGUGCUUGUGUUUUUUACCAGGAGAAAGAGUGAUGUGUACGAUAGCUUAGACUUUGUAAUCUAAUGCUUAGGAAAAACAUUUCUUCCUAUACUUUUUAAAUUUUACAAUUGAAAGGAAAAGAACAGGAAUGCCACACAGGGAAUUCGGAGGGAUUCUAGGAGAGACAUAGGAAGUGUAGUAAUUUACAGUUAAAACACCAAUGGAUUUAACUUUGCACUCUUUGUACUUUUCAGUAACAUUCCCUCCUAUCCUGUCUGUGAACUUGGAUGGGUAACUGCAGUCUAAGUUGAUAAAAAAUGUAAUGUUAAAGUGAGAAACAAAAUGUAGUUCCUCAUGUAUUACUUUAAUAUGUUUUAUUGAUGAUACUACUUAAGAAAGCUUUUGUUUGCUGUUAGAGGCCUAUGUAAUUUAAGGUUACAUUUUAUGUAAAUAUUUUCAAAGGAUUAGGCAUUUGCAUAGGCAUUUAUUUUCAUAAAGCAUUUGUAUACAUCCACAAAUACCAUGUUAUUGGUAACUAUAUUUUGGUUUUUCUAAUCCAAAUUGAGAGUAGGAAUAAAAAUAUUUUUUUAUUAAAACUGUGGCAUACAUAUAGAAAACAUACCUAGUUCUAGUAUUGAGAACUUUCUCUUCUAUAUUUUAAUUUCAAAAUAGUGAAUUUCUUUAUUUUACGUGUUUUGUUGUAAGCUAUCCCACAGUUACAAUUGUGUUUUAAAGGAUUAUUUUUCUUUUGGGGAAAAAAUAAAGCUGAGAGUGUUAUUCAAUACAUGUCUGAAAUUAACAACUGUACAAAUACCUCAAUUUCAUUACCAUACAAAAAAAGAGAGACUAUUUUGAUUGAUCAGUUCCUUGGUAUGAAUAUCCACCUCUUUAAAUACUCUAUUUUUAUAUAUAUUUUUAUAUGAAAGUAAACAUGAAUUUAUAUUUAACUGUCUUAAGUUAUAUUUAAGCACAACUAUCACUUGAUAUAAACAAUACAUAUCUGCCUCUGACAGAUGAUAGAUUUUUUUAAGUGGUACAGAAUUAACCUUUAAAAUGAAAGAUUUGGGGGCACCUGGGUAGCUCAGUCGGUCAAGCGUCCGGCUUCAGCUCAGGUCAUGAUCUCACUGCUCGUGGGUUCGAGCCCUGCAUCCAGCUCUGUGCUGACAGCUCAGAGCUUGGAGCCUUCUUCCGAUUCUGUCUCUGUCUCUCUCUGCUCCUCCCCUGCUCGCUCUCUGUCUCUGUCUCUCUCUCUCAAAUAUAAAAUAAAGCAAAAAAAAAUUAAAUGAAAGAUUUUUCUAAUAUCUGCAACUAUAUGCAAACACUAUUUUUAGGUUUUUGACUAUUUUUUAGUGAUAUAAAACGUUGCCAAUUCAUGCAGCCUCUCAUCAUGUUUUAAUGUAUUAUAUACUCUAUAAUAGGUUUAUAGUCAGGGAUGUUUCUUGUAAUUUACUGUCAACCUAACUAUAAUAACCAUCUGACUGAGGUUAGUCCUGCAUUUACCUCUUCACCAUUGAAAUAAUAAUAGAUUUUAGAAACAAGUGUAACAAUACUAUUAAUAAAUAUCUUACUAGUAAUAGUCUGUGUUCAAAGAGUAUCUUUCAUUUUCAUUUUUACUGGAGGUAUACAACCAUAGAGUGAUUACUUGGCAAAGAUAUUAUCAUACACAUUCAACUAUUUGAAUGUGGUUUAAUAGGAUAACUGUCUAGUUCCUUCCAAUCCUGAUAUCCUCUGAAUUUUGAUCAGAUGAACUCCCUGCUGUCCAACAACCAAAACUUUUGAACACAGUGCAGUGAAGUGUUUUUUGUUUUUUUGUUUUUUUUUUAAAGAUAAGUCCCUGAAAUGCUAGGAUUAUUUUCUUUACUCCUUAAUUGAAAAAACAUUUUUUUUACUUUGGGGAAUUAGGUGUGUAUAUGUGUGUGUGUGUGUGUGUGUGUGUGCAUGUGUAUUUGUAUGUGCUUAUCAAGUUCAUCAUUUGAGAAAAAAAAAGAAUAGGUAUUUAAACAAAUUUUUAGAUGUAAAAGUUUAAGGAAGUGUAUUAUUUUUGGUAAGAACUGAUUAGUAUCCAAUCUAAACUGAACUAAAGAAAACAUUUAUAAUAUUGAAAGUCAAGAAUAACUGCAUAAGCAUGUCCAAGCAUCACUGUUGACAUUGUGUGUGUGUGUGUGUGUGUGUGUGUGUGCAUUUGAAAGCACAGUGAGCUAUUUGCAAGCCAUCCAGGUAGGCUAAUAGGAUCCUGUAGGGAAAUAUGAAAAAGAAAGGCUCCCCAUUCCCUGCCAGUUAGGCUUACCCUUGGGUCAUCUGAUCUUCCUCCUUUUAGUUACCCCUGUGCUUAGCAGUCAUCUCUACAAAACAAUAAUUUCCACUUAGAAAGUGUUGGAAUAAAUCACCGAUUUUUGAAAUGGAAAUAGUUCUGGUAAUGUUUAUGAGGAAAACAUAAUGCUGUUGUGUAUUUGAAGUUUCUUCUUUCAGUUCCAUUUCACUGAAGGAUUCCAAGAAGAAAAACAGAAACUGAUCAAAAAAAUAUGUAACCCACUAAAAGUUAUUUCAAAGCGGUAAUAUUUUGGCAUGGUCUGGAGACGGGGGUCUAAUACAGUAAUAGGGUUAAGAGCUUAGGCGGUCAGCGUUAGGAUCUUAUUAAUUAUCAUCUUAUGGAUCCUUAAGUUGAGCAAAGACUUAAUCAUCGGUAUCUAAAAGUUUUCCCUGUGAAUUUUCCACCUUGCAAAAAGAAAAAUGUUAUCAAAAUCAGUGGUUAGGAUUAUUGUAUUUAAAAUGAACAAACAUAAAUUUGAGUAAGCUCAGGGCUGAUAACUCCAAAAAAUAUAUAUUCAUUUGCAAAAUGAAUCUACAGCAGAUUCUGAGUAUUUUGACUCAGUCAAAGAGUCCUUUCUCUACAAAUACUACAGUAGUUUGUUUUUUUUAAAUGUGUGUUUUAGUUCAAUUGAUUUUGGUUGCUGUUGGAAACUAAGGCAUUUUGAUAGAUCACUUUGACUUAAGGGGAUGAACCAGAAGUUGUCAGAAAACCCAAAGACCUACUAAAGACAGCAGGUUAGUGCCAGGACUUCCAAACUAGACUUUCAAUUUGGCAAGGCUUCCAAGGUUUCAAACUGUCAGGGAACCUUUUAUCAUGUUUUUAUUGCUGUAGUAACUACUAUUAUCAACUUCCAUAUUUUUUUUAUGAUUUGGUCACCUGGUGUAGGGGGCUGUGGAUCUCAUUUUUUCUAACUGAUACAGACCAUGCAGUCCUCCUAAAAUGGGGCUCCAUUUGUUUUCUUUAUGUUCGCUGAAAUAUAAAGAAUUUGUUUUAUGGCUCUAUUAAAUGUCGGAUCACUAUGUUUUAACACACACAAUACACAAUCAAAACACUAAUGCUUAAACUUCUCAAGAAUAUUUACAACUUGUAAGUAUAUCUGCAAUGUAAAUGAAGAUAAUUACUUAAACCCAACUAAUAGGAAGAACAAAAUUAAACAGUUGCUUUUAGAGAAAACACUAUAAAAGGGAUGUUAUAUAUAUUUCUACAAGGCCAUCAUAUUUAGUUAGAUUAAGUUUGAAUUUGAUUUAUGCUGAGGGCCUGGUUAUGAGGAGACAAGUUAUAUAUCUAACCAAGACAUUUUUCUCAGGAUAACAAUAUAUUGUUAUUUUUAUUACAUGAAAAGGUAAUUCUUAUAAAAUUUAUUUAAAUGUUUUGAUAUUUUAAAAAGCAAAGAAAUUAUAAUUGGUUAUUUGUACAUCAGAAUUCGGAAAUAACAUGGUCUCAUAUAUAUGAUGUAUUCAAUUGAUUUUCAACUGUUUAGUAAAAAAUUUCCUUAUUUUAUGGUUGGCUGGUGAAAUACAUCAAUUUGAUGCAGGUUUUAGUGGUAGGCUAAAUGAUAUAAUGAUGAUGGUAUAUGACUUAUUUAUAUAUUUUGUUCAAUUGUAUUUCCAUUUUUUCCCUAUAAUAAAAUCUGUUCAAAAUGUG